GAAGCUACCUGAAGCUACCUGAAACUACCUGAAGCUAACUGAAACUACCUACAGCUAACUGACGCUAACUGAAGCUACCUGACUCUACCUAAAGCUAACUGAAGCUACCUGACUCUACCUAAAGCUAACUGACGCUACCUGACUCUACCUAAAGCUAACUGACGUUAACUGAAGCUACCUGACGCUAACUGAAGCUACCUGACUCUACCUAAAGCUAACUGACGCUAACUGAAGCUACCUGACUCUACCUAAAGCUAACUGACGCUAACUGACUCUACCUACAGCUAACUGACGCUAACUGAAGCUACCUGACUCUACCUAAAGCUAACUGACGCUACCUGACUCUACCUAAAGCUAACUGACGCUAACUGAAGCUACCUGACUCUACCUAAAGCUAACUGACGCUAACUGACUCUACCUACAGCUAACUGACGCUAACUGAAGCUACCUGACUCUACCUAAAGCUAACUGACGCUACCUGACUCUACCUAAAGCUAACUGACGCUAACUGAAGCUACCUGACUCUACCUAAAGCUAACUGACGCUAACUGACUCUACCUACAGCUAACUGACGCUAACUGAAGCUACCUGACUCUACCUAAAGCUAACUGACGCUAACUGAAGCUACCUGACUCUACCUAAAGCUAACUGACGCUAACUGACUCUACCUAAAGCUAACUUGCGCUAACUUGGAACUACCUGAAGCAAACUGACGCAACCUGAAGCUAACUGACUCUACCUGAAGCUACAUGACUCUAACUGAAGCUAGCUGGGAGUUACCUGAAGCUAACUGAAGCUAUCUGACUCUAUAUGACUCUGAAGCUAACAGUUAGCUGCUGUGUGUCGACAGCAGCCCCCCCGCAGAGACAGCAGUUGAUCAGUGAGUGUGUUGAUCUGUUUUUAAACCAUAACACUGCAAUAAACCACCGGGUUACAGAGCACCAGCUGUUUAUAUCAGAUUCAGGAAACACCUGGAGCUCAGGUAAAGGUAUUACAGAUAUCAGUUGACCCCCCAGCAGUGAGAGGCGUUCAGGGUCAGGGUCAAGAAUUUUGCAGUUUUUUUUAGAUUCAGCCCUUUUUCACCUUAAAGAAAGCAGGUCAGUGAAGGCAUCACCAGAUCUCCUCAGUAACAGGCAGCAGGAUAACGAGUAAACUAGGUGAUUCAGUAAAGACCAGGGUCUGCUCCCUGCAGGUUCACAGUAAAGACCAGGGUCUGCUCCCUGCAGGUUCACAGUAAAGACCAGGGUCUGCUCCCUGCAGGUUCACAGUAAAGACCAGGGUCUGCUCCCUGCAGGUUCACAGUAAAGACCAGGGUCUGCUCCCUGCAGGUUCACCAUGACCAGCAAACCUGCAGCAUGUCAGGCUGUGGCGCCGCUGUAGACCCUGGUGCUGGUCCUCCUACUGGUCCUGGUUCUGGUCCUCCUACUGGUUCUGGUCCUCCUACUGGUCCUGGUCCUGCUACUGGUCCUGGUGCUGGUCCUCCUACUGGUCCUGCUACUGGUCCUGCUACUGGUGCUGGUGCUGGUCCUCCUACUGGUACUGGUUCUGGUGCUGGUGCUGCUGGUGCGUGGCGCCCCCCCCUGGCAGAGAAGGCCCUCUCAGAGGCGUCCCCCCCCCUCAGGUACAGAGAGCGACCCCCCCUGGCAGAGAAGGCCCUCUCAGAGGCGUCCCCCCCCCUCAGGUACAGAGAGCGACCCCCCCUGGCAGAGAAGGCCCUCUCAGAGGCGUCCCCCCCCCUCAGGUACAGAGAGCGACCUCCCCUGGCAGAGAAGGCCCUCUCAGAGGCGUUCCCCCCCCUCAGGUACAGAGACGCCUCCCUUCUCAUCUGGCAGCAGCAGCAGCAGCAAGAGGCUCCGCCCACAAACUACCUGAGCCGCAGCCAUUCCACCUGCUACAGCCGCUACGGGAACCAAUCAGUGGUGAUCAGAGACCGGACGCACCUGAAGGAGGAGGGGUCCAAGAUCUGCAGCCUGAUGUAGAGCCUGAACGCACCACGGAGCCUGAAGGAGGAGGGGUCUAAGAUCUGCAGCCUGAUGUAGAGCCUGAACGCACCACAGAGCCUGAAGGAGGAGGGGUCUAAGAUCUGCAGCCUGAUGUAGAGCCUGAACGCACCACGGAGCCUGGAGGAGGAGGGGUCUAAGAUCUGCAGCCUGAUGUAGAGCCUGAACGCACCACGGAGCCUGGAGGAGGAGGAGGGGUCUAAGAUCUGCAGCCUGAUGUAGAGCCUGAACGCACCACGGAGCCUGGAGGAGGAGGGGUCUAAGAUCUGCAGCCUGAUGUAGAGCCUGAACGCACCACGGAGCCUGAAGGAGGAGGGGUCUAAGAUCUGCAGCCUGAUGUAGAGCCUGAACGCACCACAGAGCCUGAAGGAGGAGGGGUCUAAGAUCUGCAGCCUGAUGUAGAGCCUGAACGCACCACGGAGCCUGAAGGAGGAGGGGUCUAAGAUCUGCAGCCUGAUGUAGAGCCUGAACGCACCACAGAGCCUGAAGGAGGAGGGGUCUAAGAUCUGCAGCCUGAUGUAGAGCCUGAACGCACCACGGAGCCUGGAGGAGGAGGGGUCUAAGAUCUGCAGCCUGAUGUAGAGCCUGAACGCAUCACGGAGCCUGGAGGAGGAGGAGGGGUCUAAGAUCUGCAGCCUGAUGUAGAGCCUGAACGCACCACGGAGCCUGGAGGAGGAGGGGUCUAAGAUCUGCAGCCUGAUGUAGAGCCUGAACGCACCACGGAGCCUGAAGGAGGAGGGGUCUAAGAUCUGCAGCCUGAUGUAGAGCCUGAACGCACCACAGAGCCUGAAGGAGGAGGGGUCUAAGAUCUGCAGCCUGAUGUAGAGCCUGAACGCACCACGGAGCCUGAAGGAGGAGGGGUCUAAGAUCUGCAGCCUGAUGUAGAGCCUGAACGCACCACGGAGCCUGAAGGAGGAGGGGUCUAAGAUCUGCAGCCUGAUGUAGAGCCUGAACGCACCACAGAGCCUGAAGGAGGAGGGGUCUAAGAUCUGCAGCCUGAUGUAGAGCCUGAACGCACCACAGAGCCUGAAGGAGGAGGGAUCUAAGAUCUGCAGCCUGAUGUAGAGCCUGAACGCACCACAGAGCCUGAAGGAGGAGGGGUCUAAGAUCUGCAGCCUGAUGUAGAGCCUGAACGCACCACGGAGCCUGAAGGAGGAGGGGUCUAAGAUCUGCAGCCUGAUGUAGAGCCUGAACGCACCACGGAGCCUGGAGGAGGAGGGGUCUAAGAUCUGCAGCCUGAUGUAGAGCCUGAACGCACCACAGAGCCUGAAGGAGGAGGGGUCUAAGAUCUGCAGCCUGAUGUAGAGCCUGAACGCACCACAGAGCCUGAAGGAGGAGGGGUCUAAGAUCUGCAGCCUGAUGUAGAGCCUGAACGCACCACAGAGCCUGGAGGAGGAGGGGUCUAAGAUCUGCAGCCUGAUGUAGAGCCUGAACGCACCACAGAGCCUGAAGGAGGAGGGGUCUAAGAUCUGCAGCCUGAUGUAGAGCCUGAACGCACCACGGAGCCUGGAGGAGGAGGAGGGGUCUAAGAUCUGCAGCCUGAUGUAGAGCCUGAAUGCACCACGGAGCCUGGAGGAGGAGGGGUCUAAGAUCUGCAGCCUGAUGUAGAGCCUGAAUGCACCACGGAGCCUGGAGGAGGAGGGGUCUAAGAUCUGCAGCCUGAUGUAGAGCCUGAACGCACCACAGAG